GGUACCAUUAUCAGUCCGAAUGGUCCGAAUUUAGUGUGAUUUCUAGCUUAAUCCUGAAUGUAUGUCUAUUAUUUAUCUUUAAAGCAGUGAUUUUUACAAAUCGAUGAUCGUCAUUACGUAAUUUGAAUCUUUUAGUAGAGUUAUUUUUAGUAUAGUUUUUGAUAUUUGUUUCUAACAUGGAAACUACUGUUAAAGUUGAAAGUUAUAAUCGAAAAAGACCGCUUACCGGGAGCCACGUAUACAGUGGGGUGCCGACGGUCGAGUACGAUGAAAAGCGUGAUGAAAAGCCCUGGCAGCGGGUGAUAUACGAAGUAACUAGGAAAGGCACUCAUUUGUAUGAGCCUGUUAAGUCAGUACCAGGGGCACUGUUAAUAGUGCUUCUAGGAGGAUAUAUGCUCUUGGCAUUUUUGACACAACUGGUGGAAGAUGACAUGCCUAGCGUGAUUAAUGAAAUGGACGUCGCCAGAGAUAACUACGUAACCUUCAGCGAAGAAACAGCAUUGCGGUAUUUGCACAUAAUCCAAGGCACUGAACCACGCGUAUCUGGGACAAGGUAUCACCUGCAAAAGACAAAGGACCUCAAGGAUCUUCUGGACUCCGUCGCGGCGCAGUCUAAUUUGAUCAGAACUGAUUGGCAGAUGGUUUCAGGCGACUAUUGGCUCUCAUUCACCAUACCAUACGUGAACAAGUACCAGAACGUAUCAAACGUUAUCGCUUUGUUGGAAGGCGAGAGUGGGUUCUUGCCCAAUGGCACCAUCGGGACUUCUUUACUGAUCAACUGCCAUUAUGACUCCGUUCCUUUUGCAUUGGGGACUUCGGACAAUGCCAUUUUCUGCGCAGUGAUGAUGGAAACUCUGAGCAAGUUGUCGCGGCGUUCACAAAAACUCAGACAUAAUGUUAUAUUUUUAUUUAACGGUGCAGAAGAAAAUCCUUUACAAGCUAGCCACGCUUUCCUGAAACACCCUUGGGCUCGUGGUGUGACCAACGUAGUAAAUUUAGACGCUGGCGGUAUGAAUGGAAAGCCAAUUAUUUUUCAGGCAUCAGACUCUCGACUGUUGAGGGCAUACAAGCGCGUAGUAAAUCGUCCGAGCGCCCAAAGCGUAGGAGAGUUCAUGUUUGCAAACGGCAUUAUUCCUUCCGAUACUGAUUUUAGAAUUUGGAGGGAUUAUGGAAAUUUUCAUGGCAUCGACAUCGCCUUCGUGAAGUGGGGCCACGUGUACCACACGCGCUACGACCGCACUGAUAUGGUGAGGACCGGCGUCAUCCAGAACGCCGGCAACAUGCUGCUGGCCCUCGUGCCCGAGGCCGCUAAUAACGCGGAGCUGGAGAACAAGAUUGAGCCGGCGUCUGGCGUGUACUUCGACUACCUGAACUGGUUCCUGGUGUCGUACUCGUUCGGGGCGUCGGUGGCCGUGGACCUGCUGGUGGCGAUUUUCGCCGGCCUCAGUGUCGCCUACUACGUGUGGCUCGUCGGACCCAGAAUGUCAACUGUGCAAGAGUUACUGUUUGCGGUAUUAGGGCGAUUACUUUCAAUGCUGGCCGGAAUAGUGGUCGUUGCUAUUUUCGUGCCCAUCAUGGUCGCCACUACCAUUCAACUUAGGUACCUGACGCAACCCUGGUUGGUAGUCCCUAUGUACUGGAUGCCGUACAUCAUCACAGCCGUCUGCGUCGCACAGGCCUUCGACGCCUGGAGGACCAAGAGGAGUGGCCUGAACCGCUGCAUCCGUACAAUGCAAGCUCAAGCCGCGACAAGAUUAAUUCUAGCUUUCAUACUAUUUAUUAUGACAUGCAUACCAAGUACGGUGACAUUGCGGUACUUCAUCACUGUUCCCUUAUUCAUCAUUUCGACCAUGUCUCUGGUGUCUUUGACUGUUAUAAGAUACGUUCGAUUGCAAGCGUGGCAGCACCUGCUGAUGGAGGCGCUGUGGUCGCUGCCGUCCACGAUGUUCGUGCUGACGCUGGCGCUGCGCUUCAACGCGCUGAUGCUGCCGGUGGCGGGGCGCAACGCCUCCGACACGCCCGACUACUUCAUCGCCAUCCUCAACACGGGCCUGGCCGUCGUGCUGGUUUGCACUGUCUCGGGCAUCGAACUGCUAUUCUCCCGCAAGCGCCUGUGGAUGGUAGUAGCGCCCGUAGCCAUCACCUCCAUAGUGCUCAUGUUCAUUCCCUUCAACCCCUACCAGGACGACGGGCCUUCUGUGCAGAGGCAUUACUGGUUUCACUCGGAAAUAAUAUCGUACAAUUACACCGGCUCGCAAACGGAACGCGUAGCGGGUCUCGUGGUGACGAAGCACGACGCGUACUCCACGGCGAGGGUGCUGCCGGCGCUGAGGGAGAACGGCAUCAACGUGGAGGCCCGCACGGACUUCCGCGACGACUGCCAACGACACGUACAUUGCAAUUUGCCGCUCUUUAGGGUGCGGUUUGGGCCCGAUCUGUGAGUAUUUUGUUUCUAAUAUUUUUUGGACGAAUUC